CCGUCAACGUCAUCAAAGCUAUCUUUGCAUGAGUCUGAUACGCUCGAAGGUAACUUCGUCGAUAACGGUGGUCGUACCCUUCUACUACGUGGCGUAAACCUACCUGGCUCCUCUAAGGCACCCAUGAACCAGCCUUCUCAAGUCUUAGAUGGAUUCUGGGAAGAAGCUAAGAUUGGUAGCGAGAGCUUCAUAGGCCGGCCGCUGAAGCUGGAUGACGCGGACGAACACCUCGCCCGCCUGCGGGGUUGGGGUUUUCAUAUGUUACGCUAUCCUGUAACCUGGGAGGCCCUUGAAGUACGUGUAUUGCUUCCUGUAUUAUCAGGAACUUACCUCUUCGAUUUUCUGGGCUCCUGA